AUGAAAGUCUUAAUGUUCUAAGGCAAAAAGUUAAUGAAGAUGUCCGUUCCUGCUUGCAUAUCUCUGCUACUGAAGGACAGAGGACGACUAUACACGUGUGCGUGUGGAUGUUUCUUCUGCAUACGGGGUGCAGGCUCGCUGUGCAGUCUGAAGACUGGGGCGCUCAGAGAGUGUCUUAACAUGCCCCUUUCACGUUUUAUCCGCUGCGGCUGCCGUUCUGCCCAUUUCUCCUUCGUGGAUUUGGAUCUGAAUUCGUUUGGUCAAAAAUGAUUUCAAACAUCUGCUUUUCUUUUUUGCUCCCCUGUGCUGAUAUUCGUUUUUUAUACGAGACAGACAAACGAAAUGUUCCUCACUCCGCAAGAUCAUAGCGAACGCUGAUUGAAGACCGCGUCGGGAUAAAGAAAAAAAUCUCGUUAUACGAAAUAUUUGCCGGAUCCUUAAGGGCGACUAACCCGUUGGAGAAACUGUGUUGUUUGCGGGCAAGGGGGCCGGUUUAGGGCGAUUUCAACUCAACUGCACUUGUGAAAAACUACGGAAGUCUUAGCCCUGUUUGCGGCGAGGGCUACAAGAAGGAUGAGCAUCGCUCGGUUCGCAUUUUGUUUCCAAAAAAGAAGAGGAUGGAUGCCCCGGAGUAAAUCCGUGCUUGGAGAAUGUGAGAUCUCGAUAGGACGCAGUAGAUAAAACGCUUAUCAAGGAUGGAAAAACCACAAGAGCCUGAGUAUUGCUUCCGUUCACUUCUGGAUGACGGCCUGGUAGCUGUGCUUCAUUCACGUGGUUAAUCACAGAGAGGGGAAGUGAUGGAUUCAAACACUCAGCCGGUGCAUGAGCCACUCCUGGUGCAAGGAGGACUCCGCAACACCACCAAUCAAGCCUGCCAGUUAGGCAGCUGGAAGAGUGCAGAGAGAGGGGGUGUCUCCGUGAUUGGAUGUGCAGAACUAACAGAACAAGAGAGACACGUCUCUGCAAGUAAGGGAACCUAUGGCAGAAAUCCAGAAAUAUACCGGUUCCUGUGCGUGAGUGAAUUCACCAUGGACCAAGUGCUCCGUCACCUUCUCCUCCUGGGAACCACGGUGAUGAUGGUCCAUGCCUGCCCGAAGUACUGCGUCUGCCAGAACCUGUCCGAGUCAUUGGGCACGCUCUGCCCAUCCAAAGGGCUGCUGUUUGUGCCACCGGACCUGGACCGACAGACGGUGGAGUUGAGGCUGGGCGGGAACUACAUUGUCAAGGUGUCACGGCAGGACUUUGCCAACAUGACGGACCUGGUGGACCUGACGCUGUCACGCAACACUAUCAGCUCCAUCCAGCCGCUCUCCUUUGCCGACCUGGAGAACCUACGGGCGCUGCACCUGGACAACAACCGGCUGGCGGAGAUUGGGCCUGACGACCUGCGCGGCCUGCUCAACCUGCAGCACCUCAUCCUCAGCAACAACCAGCUGAGCCGUGUCUCUGAUCGUGCCCUCGAUGACCUCGUGCCCUCCCUGGAGGACCUGGACCUGUCGUACAACAACCUACACCGACUGCCAUGGUAUUCCAUACGACGGAUGGUCAACCUGCACCAGCUCAGCCUUGACCACAACCUCAUCGACUAUAUCCCCGAGGGCACCUUCGCUGACCUCGAGCGCCUUGCCCGCCUGGAUCUCACCUCUAACCGGCUGCAGAAGCUACCACCUGACCCCAUCUUUGCACGGGCCCAGGAGAGCGUGGCGCCGGUCACUCCAUAUGCGCCGCAGCUCUCUCUCAGCUUUGGCGGGAACCCCCUGCACUGCAACUGCGAGAUGCUUUGGCUGCGGCGCCUCGAGAGGGACGAUGACCUAGAGACCUGCGCUUCCCCUCCACGCCUCAAGGGGCGCUACUUUUGGUCCGUUGCUGAGGAGGAAUUCAUCUGUGAGCAGCCCCUCAUUACCCAGCACACUCACAAGCUGCUCGUGCUAGAAGGGCAGAGUGCCAGCCUUAAGUGUGUAGCUGCAGGGGACCCCACGCCUUCCGUCCACUGGGUGGCUCCUGAUGAGCGCCUGGUGGGUAAUUCCACCCGAGCUGUAGUCUAUGAGAAUGGCACUCUUGAAAUCCUUAUCACCACAACCAAGGACUCAGGUGCUUUUACAUGCAUUGCGGCCAACGUGGCUGGCGAGGCGACCGCUGUGGCGGAGCUGUCCGUUGUCCAGCUACCCCAUCUCAGCAAUGGCACCGACCGCGCCACACAGCCCAAAUCGCGCCUUUCUGACAUCACUAGCUCCAACAGGGCUGGCAAAAACGAUGGAAAAAGCCAACCCGAGAGGUCGGUGUCUGUGUCUGAAGUGACCGCUGUCUCUGCUCUAGUCAGUUGGUCCGUCAGUGGUGGUGCCCCGAGAGUCAAGAUGUACCAGCUACAAUACAACUGCUCUGACGAUGAAGUCCUAAUAUACAGGAUGAUCCCCGCGUCCAGUAAAGCCUUCCUGGUGACAAACCUGGUGUCCGGGACACGCUAUGACCUGUGUGUCCUGGCCGCCUGGGAGGACACGGCCACCACCCUCACUGCCACCAAUGUGGUGGGCUGCGUGCAGUUCUUCACGCGCGAUGACUACCCUCAGUGUCAGGCACUGCGCGGGCAGCUCCUGGGCGGCACCAUGAUCCUCGUGGUGGGUGGUGUUAUCGUGGCCACCCUGCUGGUCUUCAUCGUCAUCCUGAUGGUGCGCUACAAGGCAGGACCAGCUGAGGAGGUGACAGUCAAGCUGUCUGCCGUCAGCGAUACUUACUCGCAGACUAAUGGGAGUCGCAUGGUGCAGAAUGGAGCGCCACCCACUCCACCCAAGCCCAAGGUGACACUGCGGGAGGAGGUGGUGACGUUCAGGUGUAGCACCCUGCAAGGAAACCUCACAGUCUCUUCUUCCUCUACCUCCUCGUCCUCCUCCUCACUGGGGGGCCGAAAUGGAGAUGGUCACAACCAGGGCACCUCGCUCGGAAGGAGGUGGAAGCCAGUCCACUCCAAGGUGCGACCCAAUUUGGACCACCUCUUGGGGGCCAUCACCUCCUUGGAGUUGAGGGGUCAGGCUGCAGGAAGAGACCCGGGCUCCUCUGCCGCAGGGGUGCUUCCCGUGGCUCCUUCCACGGACCGGGAGCCUCUGCUAGGCACGCCGACGGACUCCCGGCUGAGUCGGUUGCUUACACUCCCACUGGAGAGCAACAGGCCCAGAAGGAGCCAGUCCUUUGACAUGGGGGAUGUGGGUGGGGAGGCGGCGGCUGCCCCCAGUACACAGGCACGGCCCUACCCCCGCAAGGUGAGGAGCGUCUGGACCAGGAGCCUCUCUGUGAACGGGAUGCUGCUGCAAUGCGAUGAAGAUGCAGAGGAGGGCAAGGGGAGCCUGGAGGGUUCAGAGUGGGUCCUGGAGAGCACGGUUUGACAGCACAGUGCCCCACCCUAAAGGCCACCUUCCUGACCCCAAGGAGACCAUUUCCCAGAGAGCCAAAUAGAGGGGAGGGCUGCCGAAUCCGCAUCUCAGCCUCGCCACAACACUGUAAAGGGUGAUUCCACCCUGUGCCAUAAUAUACUCCAGAGCAGAGCGGGAAGAGGAGCAGUCAGCCAACACGAACCCGGCCUCCUCCUCCGGUACUGGACGGAAACACCGUGAGAAUCCUCACGAUCUCUCAGUCGCGUGACUGAUGUCACAUCCAUGAUCCAUCCUCAUCGGGGUCAGGAGGCGUCGCCAGAUGAUAACUAGCCAUAAGAUUAUGGGUUGGGGCGGGGGGGAGGAACAUUAACCCACACGUGUAAGACUGCUGCCGACACGGUGGGCAGUGCGGGAUUAACACUCUCCCCCAGCUUUGUGGCCUCCACACGUGAGCGGCAAUGCUGAGUAGGGGACAGGUGCUUCUCGGAAGAGGAGAGUGAAUAAACAGGGUCAAGGCAGGCAUGCCGCUGCACAUCACCACCUCUGCCAUCACAUCCGUCAGGCUGAACAGAUUGCGCCGAUGGAGGGGAAUGCCUGAAUAUUAGACUCUGGACCCCCAGUGUAACUGACAUACUGAUAUGUUUAUUUUAUGUUUUAUUCUUUUCAGGUCAGACAUUUCUGUUACAGCCUGUUAUUUCCCUUGUUGAAGGGGUUUAGAGCAUGUGGCAAAGACAGGCAUCUUCAUCCAUUUUCUUUUACCUUUAGUUGUGUCUCCUGUCACAAUUUCAUGCCAAACAUGUCUUUUUUGUUGUUUUUUUCUGUGAAGCUAUUUUUAUUGCACUACCCAGUUUGCAGAACACUUUCUUUAGUUUGAAUGCAGAAGGGAAUGGAUAGCAGCUAAUACAGUUGGUGUCAGCAUUCUGACAGGCUAUUAGUAACUGAAUACACUGAAUAGAGGGAAGAAUGGGAAUAAUAAAUGUCUUAUUUCAGUGCUGUUCCAGCUGGACUAUGAAGGAUUUUGCAUGGGAUUACAGAUUCAGACGAUGCAACCGGUUCCCAUAUCACACAUCUCUUUUUCAGCACAAUCCAUUUGAGGGUUUGCUUGUGGCAUCUUCAUGGGACUGUGUGAAAUUCUUAGCUGAAUCAUCGGAGCUCUUGUGGCCCCAAUCUGCUCGUCACACUUCCUUCUGUUCAUGCUGCCUCUCUAACUCAUUGCUACUCCCAGCACUGUAUAUUGACUUUGUGUAAAAAUGAAGUGAGACUAAGGCUGAAGUUACUGUACAGUAGCACUAUUAAUAUUUCAGUUUGGCAGACCUGAAGAAGGUGCCCGAUUUGGAUUGUUAUAACACACUUGUGUUCGUUCCUAUCUUGGACAUGUUGAAAAUGUUUCUGUGGUCAAACACUUUUUUUGUUCUUGUUUUGUUUUUGCUACAAAACGAUAAAU